UACCAAUUGGCAAGAAGACUGAACGAUGGGAUGAGGGUCAUAAAAAAAACAUACAAAGCCGAAGGAGGAGAGGAACGCAAAACUCCGUGCAUGUCUGUUUGAAGGGAAAUCCUACUCGGUUCACUGAUGGGGAAGGAAAGGAAGAAAUUCACUGGAUUAGAAAUUUCCCUCAUCACUCUCUUCACUUUGCUGGUGAUUGUAACCUGUGUGCUGAUUGGCCUUUUAGCAACUGGGCAUUCUGGUGUAAAAGAUUCACAAGGUUUACAAGAAUUCUCACCAACAUGUCCAAACGUAUCUGUAUCUGAGUUAGUAGACUGUAUUCCGGAUCAAGUAUCAACAGAGAAACUGUGCGUACUUCGUGGCUGCUGCUGGAAACCCCAGAAUGAAUCAUAUAUACCCUGGUGCUACAUCUCCAGGAGUCAUGGGUACCAAAUGUAUGGGUCACGGAAAGACAACCGAGCAGGCUUCGAGGCUAGACUAACAAUGCUGCCUGCUCCAUCCCUGUUUGGAGGUGACAUUAACACCCUUCUUCUGACUGCAGAACAUCAGACUAAAAACCGGUUCCGGUUCAAGAUUACUGAUCCCAACAAUGCAAGAUAUGAAGUCCGGCCUGAGAUUCUAAACCCCUUUACAGGGACUGUGGACACCACAUUCAACUACAGAACUGAACUAACUGAAAAUCCCUUUGGCAUCAAAGUGAUCAGGAACAGCAACAACAAAGUUCUGUUUGACAGCACUGUAGGACCACUGGUAUAUGCUGACCAAUACUUGCAGAUCACAACUCGAGUGCCCAGUGUGAAUGUUUAUGGGAUAGGAGAACACAUCCAUAGACAGUACCGGCAUGACUUCAACUGGAAAACAUGGCCUAUCUUUACCCGGGAUGCUGCGACUAAUGGAGACAUGAUUAACCUAUAUGGAGCUCAUCCUUUCUUCUUGUGCCUGGAAGAUGAGAGUGGAAAGUCUUUUGGUGUUUUCCUCAUGAAUAGCAACGCAAUGGAUGUUGUAUUCCAGCCUGCUCCAUCCAUAACAUACAGAACAACUGGUGGAAUUCUAGAUUUCUAUAUUUUCUUGGGAGAUACCCCAGAACAAGUUGUCCAAGAAUAUACAUCACUUAUAGGAUUGCCACGAAUGCCUUCCUAUUGGAAUUUAGGAUUCCAGAUUUGUCGCUGGAACUACGGAGAUAUUAAUGAUCUGAAAGCUGUGGUAGAAAGAAAUCGGGCAGCUGGAAUACCUUAUGAUGUUCAGUACACUGAUAUUGACUACAUGGAAGACAAAAAAGAUUUCACUUAUGAUACAAUAGCUUUUGCAGGCCUCCCUGAAUUUGUUGCUGACCUUCACAGCCAUGGACAGAAAUACGUCAUAAUAUUGGAUCCCGCCAUAGCUACUGGGCCUCGCCGUAAUAAUACCCCUUAUGAGGCCUACCAACGUGGAACUGCAAAGGAUGUGUGGGUAAAGGAAUCACAGGGAUCGAAGCCCCUUAUUGGAGAAGUAUGGCCAGGAGAGUCUGUCUACCCAGAUUUUACAAAUCCUACUGCUGUUCAAUGGUGGGUUGACGAAUGCCGUCUGUUUCACCAGACCCUUCAGUUUGAUGGACUAUGGGUGGAUAUGAAUGAAGUAUCCAAUUUUGUUAAAGGUUCAAAAACUGGCUGUGCACCAAACAACUUAAAUUACCCACCUUUUACACCAAAGAUUCUUGACGGUGUCAUGUAUUCAAAAACAAUUUGCAUGGACGCGGUGCAGCACUGGGGCAAGCAAUACGAUGUCCACAGCCUCUAUGGACAUUCCAUGGCAAAUGCCACUGAGCAGGCUCUCAAAGCUAUUUUUGUCAACAAAAGAAGCUUCCUGCUCUCUCGUUCCACUUUUGCUGGAUCUGGAAGAGUCACCGGACAUUGGACAGGAGAUAAUUUUGCCACCUGGGACAAUAUGAAAUGGUCCAUACAAGGAAUUUUGGAAUUUGGUCUCUUUGGAUUCCCUUUUAUUGGAGCAGACAUUUGCGGUUUCAUUGACAAUGUCUCAGAAGAGCUCUGCAGGCGGUGGUUGCAACUUGGAGCAUUUUACCCAUUUUCUAGGAAUCACAAUGGUGAAACCUAUGAGCCCAAAGAUCCCGCAUAUUUUGGAAAGGAUUCUCUUCUGGUGAACUCAACCAAGCACUAUCUGAACAUACGCUACACUUUGUUACCAUAUCUCUACACACUCUUCCACAAUGCACAUACCAAGGGAACCACUGUUGCAAGGGCAGUCCUGAAUGAGUUCUACACAGAUAAAACCACCUGGGACAUUGAUAAGCAGUUUUUGUGGGGAUCUGGACUUCUUAUUACUCCAGUGUUGGAUCCAGGUGUGGUGACAGUGACUGCAUAUAUGCCGGAUGCUGUGUGGUAUGACUAUGAGACUGGCAUAAAAUCACCAUGGAGAAAACAGCACUGUGAGAUGUAUCUUCCAGAAGACAAGAUAGGUCUUCAUCUCAGAGGAGGUUACAUCUUUCCUACUCAGCAACCAGCCAACACAACUGUUUACAGUCGCAAAAAUCCUAUGGGACUUAUAAUUGCUUUAGAUGACAAUCAAGAAGCAAAUGGAGAACUCUAUUGGGACGAUGGUGAAAGCAGAGAUGCAUUUUCAUCAGGAAACUAUCUCCUCUAUCAGUUUAAUGUAACAAAUGAAACCUUAGUGAUGAAUCCAGUACACAGCACCUACCAAGAUCCAAACAGCAUAAUGUUCGAAGAAAUCAAAAUUAUUGGAUUACCUCUCAAACCUACACAAGUGACUGUGAAUUCAAAUGCUGUGCCUGCCAGCAGUGUCAGUUACAAUGCCGGAGAUCAGGUUGCCCACAUAACAGGUCUUCAACUUAGAUUAGGAGAUCGACACACCAUCAAAUGGAACCAGAUCUUCCAAGAAAUUGACAGGAUUGAUUGUCAUCCCUAUCCAGAUGCAACUGAAAGUGCUUGUACUGCUCUUGGCUGCAUCUGGCAGACAAAUGUAACUCAAGGAGUUCCACACUGUUACUACCCUCGUACCUAUGGUUAUAGAGUCAACCAGGUUGUAUACUCAUCUUCUGGUUUAGUGGCAAACCUUGACGGAAACAGUGCAUCUGUUGCACACUCUAGAGCAACAAUAACACCGAUUAACACACUUCGCUUGGAGGUGAAAUAUCAUGAGAACAACAUGCUUCAAUUUAAGAUUUAUGACUAUAGUACCCCAAGAUAUGAAGUCCCAGUGCCUCUGAAUCUCCCCAACACUCCUGCAAGUGAUCCUGUGAAUCGUCUCUAUGAUGUGUCAAUUCAAAACAACCCAUUUGGCAUCCAGGUUCGGCGCAGAAGCACUGGGACAGUCCUUUGGGAUUCCCAGUUACCUGGCUUCAUCUUCAGUGACAUGUUCAUUCAGAUUUCAACCCGCUUGCCUUCAGAAUAUGUGUAUGGGUUUGGUGAAACAGAGCAUGCGCAGUUUCGGCAAGAAAUGAACUGGAAAACCUGGGGAAUGUUUGCAAGGGAUCAGUCUCCUGAAUACGCAAAAAAUACUUAUGGCGUUCAUCCCUUUUACAUGGGCCUGGAAAAAGAUGGAAAUGCACAUGGAGUUUUAUUGUUGAAUAGCAAUGGAAUGGAGGUAAAAUUGCAACCAACUCCUGCUCUGACUUAUCGCACCAUUGGAGGAAUUUUGGAUUUCUAUAUGGUUUUGGGCCCAACUCCAGAACAAGUUGCCCAGGAAUACACUGCACUCAUUGGACAUCCAGUCAUGCCUCCAUAUUGGGGACUGGGAUUCCAGCUGUGCCGUUAUGGAUAUGAAAGUGAUGCAGAAAUCUUGGAUCUGUAUAACAAAAUGAAGGAAGCUAAAAUCCCCUAUGAUAUACAAUAUGCAGACAUUGAUUACAUGGAGCGGCGGUUAGACUUCACUCUCAGUCCCAACUUUGCAGGGCUUCCGUCACUGAUUGACAGAAUGAAAAAAGAUGGAAUGAGAUUUGUCAUCAUUUUGGAUCCAGCCAUCUCAGGAAAUGAGAUCAAACCUUAUCCAGCAUAUGAAAGAGGUCUUGCAAACAAUGUCUUCAUUAGAUGGCCUAACAAUGGUGAUAUCGUAUGGGGAAAGGUGUGGCCAUAUUACCCUAAUGUUACCACUGUGAAUACAUCACUAACCUUUGAACAGCAAGUGGAAUUAUAUGCCGCUAAAGCUGCUUUCCCAGAUUUCUUCCGCAAUGAGACAAUUCAGUGGUGGAAAACAGAAAUCCAGGAAGUCUAUAACAACCCUCAGCAGCCAAAUAUAAGCAUUAAAUUUGAUGGCUUAUGGAUUGACAUGAAUGAACCAGCCAACUUUGUCAAUGGAGCAAUUAAUGGUUGUGGUGUAUCUGACCUAAAUGAUCCCCCCUAUAUGCCAAGUUUGACAGACAAAGACAGAGGGUUGAAUUUUAAAACCUUGUGCAUGGGAAGUGAACAGAUUCUACCUGAUGGAAAACGAGUUCGACACUAUGAUGUCCACAAUCUCUAUGGCUGGUCAGAAACAAAGCCGACAUAUGAUGCUUUACACAGUGUCACUGGAGAACGUGGAAUUGUCAUCUCCCGUUCAACAUAUCCAUCCAGUGGCAAAUGGGCAGGGCAUUGGCUAGGAGAUAACUACUCAAGGUGGUCCAAUCUUGCCACUUCUAUAAUUGGUCUACUGGAGUUCAGCCUCUUCGGAAUGUCCUAUGUUGGAGCAGAUAUUUGUGGCUUCAAUGAACAUACAAACUAUGAAAUGUGUAGUCGUUGGACGCAACUGGGAGCCUUUUAUCCUUAUGCCAGGAAUCACAAUGGUCUAGGAAGUAUGAAACAAGAUCCUGUAUCUUUUGAUCGAGCAUUUGAAGAAAUGUCAAGGAAGGUGCUCAAUAUCAGAUAUACUUUGCUCCCCUAUCUCUACACCUUGAUGUAUGAAGCCCAUGCUCAUGGUAGCACAGUUUCCCGCCCUUUACUGAAUGAGUUUCCAAAUGAUCAGGCAACAUGGAAUAUAUAUAAACAGUUUCUCUGGGGCCCUGCUUUGCUCAUUAGUCCUGUGCUAGAACAGAGUCAGACAGUGGUGGAUGCAUAUUUUCCUGAUGUCCGCUGGUAUGAUUAUUACACAGAUAUGGACAUAGGGCAAAGGAAACUGACAAAACUCUUACAAGCACCUAUGGAUCAUAUAAACCUUCAUCUCAGAGGAGGAUAUAUUAUCCCAUGGCAACUGCCAGCUGCAAAUACCAAAAUCAGCCGAAAAAAUCCAAUGGGUCUUACAGUUGCUUUGGAUGAUAACGGAGCUGCUCAAGGGCUACUUUACUGGGAUGAUGGAACAAAAAUUGAUGCUUAUGAGAAUGGUGUUUACCUCUUACAAACCUUUAAUGCAAGCCAGCGUGCAUUAGACAUCAAUGUGGCCCACUCAGGAUAUUUUGACCCCAACAACUUAAAAUUUGCUGAAAUUAAAAUCCUCGGUGUAGAAUCUUCCUUCACCCCCAGAGUUAUAGUGUAUCAGUAUGGUCAAGUGAUCCCGUCUGAUCAUACAACAACCUAUAACUUUACAACUAAGCUCUUGCACAUUAAAGACCUUCAACUUAGCCUGGGGCUAGCAUAUUCAUUAACAUGGGGUCAGCCUCCUGAAGACAGCCUUCCUGAAAACGAAAGAUUCAACUGCCACCCAUAUCCAGAACCAUCUCAAGCCAGUUGUGAACUCCGUGGCUGUAUCUGGGAGAUUUCUUCUGUUCCUGGUGUUCCACUCUGCUAUUAUCCUAUGAACUAUGGUUAUUCGGUCAGCAACCUUAUUGAACAUUCUAGUGGUUUGUCAGCUCUCCUCCACAGAAACACCAGCAUUCCUAACCCAUAUCCUACUUCAUCACCUGUUGAUACUCUGAGCUUAAAUGUGGUGUUCCAUACUGACAACAUGUUUCAAUUCAAGAUCAAAGAUGCCAACCAUGCUAGAUAUGAAGUUCCAGUACCACUCUCCACCCCAAGCACACCGAUUAUCAAUAGUAAGCGGCAUUAUGAUGUAAGAGUUGUCGCUGAACCAUUUGGCAUACAGAUCAUACGGAGAAGUACAGGAACAGUUAUCUGGAAUUCUCAGGUGCCUGGCUUCACCUUCACUGACAUGUUCAUUCAGAUUUCUACUCUGCUGCCAUCACAGUAUGUGUAUGGAUUUGGAGAAACUGAACACACUCAAUACCGGAGGGAUAUGAAUUGGCAAACCUGGGGAAUGUUCACUCAUGAUCAACCUCCUGGUUACAAAUUGAAUUCUUAUGGUUUCCACCCCUUCUACAUGGGCCUUGAAAAUGAUGGAAACGCUCAUGGUGUUCUUUUGCUAAACAGUAAUGCUAUGGAUGUCACCUUCCAGCCAACACCGGCUUUAACUUACCGUACAAUUGGAGGAAUUCUGGAUUUUUACUUAGUUUUAGGACCCACUCCAGAACAAGUGGUUCAGCAAUAUACAAAACUGAUUGGACGACCAGUAAUGCCACCCUAUUGGGCAUUGGGAUUCCAGUUGUGCCGCUAUGGAUACCAAAAUGAUUCUGAAGUCUCUGACCUCUAUGAUGAUAUGAAGGCAUCUGAGAUACCCUAUGAUGUACAGUAUACAGAUAUUGACUACAUGGAACGGCAGCUGGACUUUACACUCAGCCCUCACUUUCAAGGUCUUCCUGAUUUAGUUGAUCGAAUUCAUGGAGAUGGUAGAAGGUUUAUCAUCAUCUUGGAUCCAGCCAUAUCAGGCAAUGAAACUGCACCAUAUCCAACAUUUACAGAUGGGAUGAAUGAGAAAGUCUUCAUCACAUGGCCCGGCACGGAUGACAUACCAUGGGCAAAGGUGUGGCCAGAUUACCCAAAUAUAACGAUUGAUAAAAAUGCAAAUUUUGAAUACCAAAUUGAGCAUUACCGGGCUUAUGUGGCUUUCCCAGAUUUCUUGCGCAAUUCUACAGGACGAUGGUGGCAAAGAGAAAUCGAGAAUUAUUACAACAACACUCUUAAAUUUGACGGCCUUUGGACUGACAUGAACGAACCAUCCAAUUUCAUCGAUGGAGCUAUUGGAGGCUGCAGAAAUUGGACCUUAAAUCAUCCUCCUUAUAUGCCUGAUCUGGCGUUACGAGGGAGAGGAUUGGAUAUGGUGACAACAUGCAUGGAAGUUGAACAGCAACUUCGUGAUGGCACACCUGUAAGCCACUAUAAUGUGCAUAACCUGUAUGGAUGGUCCCAAGCAGAAUCCACCUACUAUGGUAUGCGCAAUGCCACAAAAGAACGUGGAAUCAUUAUUACCCGUUCAACAUAUCCAUCCAGUGGAAAAUGGGCAGGACAUUGGCUCGGUGAUAACUUUGCACGAUGGGAUCAGCUUGAGAAAUCUAUUAUUGGUAUCAUGGAGUACAGUAUUUUUGGAAUCUCCUAUUGUGGUGCUGACAUCUGUGGCUUCUUCAAUGACACAACCUAUGAACUCUGUGCUCGAUGGAUGCAGCUCGGAGCAUUUUACACCUUCUCUAGAAACCAUAAUGUGAUGGGAACUAUGAAACAAGAACCUGUAGCCUUUGACGAACGAUUUAUCAAUAUAUCUAGGGAUGCGCUCAGCAUACGAUACAGACUGCUACCCUAUCUCUACACAUUAAUGCAUCUUGCCCAUGCAAAAGGUAGCACUGUUUCACGUCCUUUGCUGCAUGAGUUUGUGGAUGAAAAGGAAACAUGGGAUAUCUACAAACAGUUUUUGUGGGGUCCAGCACUGUUGAUAAGCCCUGUACUGGAUGAAGGUGCCGUGUCGGUGAAUGCUUACAUUCCUAAUGCACGAUGGUAUGAUUACCAUUCGGGAGAGUACAUUGGAGUGCGAAAACAGUUCAAGGUAUUGCAAGCACCACUGGAACAUAUAAAUCUCCAUAUUCGAGGUGGUUACAUCAUCCCCUGGCAAGAUCCUGAGACUACCACCACAGCAAGCCGGCUGAAUCCUCUAGGGCUUACUAUUGCUUUGGAUGACCGGGGUAACGCUCAAGGUCAGCUUUUCUGGGAUGAUGGAGUUGGUAUUGAUACCUAUGAGGAGGGCAAGUACUACUAUGCAACAUUUCAAGUAACUCUGAAUGCACUGAAUGUUUAUGUGGAUCACAACAAUUACUUAGAGGACUCGGUCCCUCUGCAGUUUGGCUCCCUUCAUAUCUGGGGACUCGCAGCCACAUCAGCCACAAAUGUUACCAUUACUUAUGAUGGGGGCAUAGAUUAUGUGAUCCCUGAGUAUAAUCCAGAAAGCCAGAUACUGAAAGCUGAUUUCACUGGCAAAAACCUCCUCCUUCAUAAAGUACACCAACUCAAAUGGACAAUAAGCACUUGAAUGCAUGUAGAAAACGAGUUUUGCGGACAACCUCUCCAUCAGAAAUAACUAUAUUCAUGUAUCAAUUGUAUUUUGUUCAGAAAUGUUAGCAAUAGGCUAAUGAAAACAUUGAUAGUGACAACCAUAGGUAAUAUGUCACACAGCCCAUUUUUCACUUUUUUUAAAAAAUAAGCCUUAUAUUGUUUUAUCUGACAGUUCUGGAGUAUUUGUUUAGCCGUUGAAUCAAGUCAUAAAUAAGUUGGGAAGCAGAAUAAUUUUGUAAAAUAGCAGGUGAUUUCUUUUUUAAGAUUAAUUGUAACAGGGUAGUCAUUAUGACAAGAGAGCUUUCUUGGCCUGAUUCCCCACCCUCCACCCCAGGAACUAAAAUGUCUGUAUAAAGAUGAAAUGCCGUGUAUAAUGGGCUAUAUGUAAUUGUCUUUUAUGAUGAUGUUUAUAAAUUUCUGUACAAAAAUGUGUCAUAAAAUACAACAGAGCUUUAAUUUUUGUAACUUAUACAAAUGUGACAACAAUACACCCA